CUGUUCUUGAUUAUCUCUCAUCGAUCCCUCGCAUCUACUCACAGCUAUACACAGUGCCUGCUCUUCAAUUAGUCUGUCUAAUCAUUCCCAGAAUUUAGAAUCACCUUUAAUAUUAAAUUUAAUUGAUUGCUCCAAGAAAGAAAAAGGUUUCUUUUUCCUUUAUUUCCUUCAGAGGGCAAGCAUGGAAGGAGGCUGGAUUGCUCAGGCUUUAUCUUUCUGGCUCUCCCCUCUCCCCCUAAAGUAAGCAGCAGCAGCCAACAGCAGAUAAAGCUUGGUUUUUGUUUUGGUGCUACUGGCCUUCUUCCCCUUUGCUUCUCCGCCGAUACCUGCUGCAGACACUGUUCCUCUUCCCCCCUCCUCCCUUUUCUCUCUCAUGACCUCGGCUAUGACUGCGGCCUCUCUCUAGCCCCUCCUUUCCCCUCCUUUCCCCUUCUCCCUCGGUCCCUCCCUGUGCACGGCUGCAACGGCUGCAGCCAGCUCUAGAUAGAUAGAUAGAUGGCUGUUGUGUUCUGCUACUGCUACUGAUCAAGCGCAGAGAAGGAGAGGAGUGGAAAGAGAGAGAAGCAAGAAGACAGCAGGAGAGAGAGAGGAAGGGGAAAAAUCUGGAAUUGCUUUCCAGUCAUUGACCACCCAGUUUCCCCCUCGUUUGUCCCCUUUGCUUGCUGUUCCUUGUUAUUCCCUGAGAGCCUGAGCUGCCUUGGAGGCUGAAGCCCUGAACUCCUCACAUACCCCCUUGUCUGAUGCCUUGCCCCAUCCUCUUCCUCCAUUCUUGAGUUAGUGCCUCUCAGCAGAUAGAUUUAUUGCCAGCCCUUGAGGCUUCAGCUACAUAGAUUCCCUAGCUACAUAGAUAUAUAUACACACACAUACAAGAGCAAGAUCAGACAAGGCCCUUCAGCUUCGCUUCAGUUCUUAUGUUUCAUCAUCAGCAGCAGCUCUUAUAGGAACAAGCAGAAGCGGCAGAUCAGGAGAGCAGCAUGUCCAACCUCACCUCCGCGUCCGGCGGCCCCAACGCGCCGCCUCCUUCCCUGGCGCCGACGGCCUGUGGCAACAAGCGCAAGCGGAACCUCCCCGGCAACCCCGACCCUGAGGCGGAGGUGGUGGCGCUGUCGCCUGCGACGCUGAUGGCGACGAACCGUUUCGUGUGCGAGAUCUGCGGGAAGGGGUUCCAGCGGGACCAGAACCUGCAGCUCCAUCGGCGCGGGCACAACCUUCCGUGGAAGCUGAAGCAGCGCGGCACGGGCAAGGAGGCGCAGCGGAAGAAGGUGUACGUGUGCCCCGAGGCCUCGUGCGUGCACCACGACCCCGCACGCGCGCUGGGGGACCUCACCGGGAUCAAGAAGCACUUCUUCCGCAAGCACGGCGAGAAGAAGUGGAAGUGCGACAAGUGCUCUAAGAAGUACGCCGUGCACUCCGACUGGAAGGCGCACUCCAAGAUCUGCGGCACACGAGAGUACAAGUGCGACUGCGGCACCAUCUUCUCCAGGCGGGACAGCUUCAUCACGCAUCGCGCCUUCUGUGACGCGCUCACCGAGGAGAGCGCCAAGGCCAUCGGCCUCAACGCCAUGGCCGCCGCCGCGCCGGCGCACCACCAGCUACUCUUCUCGCCGCCGCCGCACCAGGUGAUGCAGCAGCACCAGGAGCUCGCCGCGCUCCAGGAACACCACCACCAGGAGGUCAUGCAGCCGCAGCAGCAGGUGCAAGCGCAGCCGCAUUGUAACUACGCCAUGAAGACGGAGAUGCCGCCGUGGCCAACGAUGCCCUACGACCACCACAGCCACCCGUUGCUGCAGCCACUCUGCAACGCCGCCGCGCAGAGCUCCGCCACGUCCGCACCGCCGCCGCCGCAGCAGCAGCAGCAGCUGCUGCCCACGGCCUCGGGGCACCUGUCGGCCACGGCGCUGCUGCAGAAGGCGGCGCAGAUGGGCGCGACCAUCGGCGGCGCCGGCGGAGGCGCGCACUACACCCAGAUGGCGGGCUCCGCGACGAGCGCUAUCGGCAGCGCCACCUUCGUGCUCGGCCUCCCGGGCCUGAACGGCCAGCAGGACGGGGUCAUGGGCGGGCUCGCAAGAACAGCCUCCCACGGCCGCAGCAGCGAGGACGGCGCCGGCGGGGGAGGCGACGGCAUGACGAGGGACUUCCUGGGGCUGCGCGCCUUCUCGCACCGCGACAUCCUAAGCCUCGCCGGCUUCGACUCGUCGUGCAUGGGCGCCGUGAACGCCAACGCCGACAUGAGCUGCUACGAGCCGCAGCAGCAUGGACAGGCGCAGCAACAGCAGCAGCAGCAAAGCAGCAACGAGCCAUGGAAUGGCAUGGGUAGCCAUAGCUAGCUAGCUACCCUCCAGCCCAGCUACUUCCUCUCAUCAGUCACCACCUUUCAUGUGAUCGCUCUGCAGAGCCAUAGCUUAGAGCUAGGGCCAGUGCUUGCUGGCUGCUGCUACUCAGCUAGUACGCCAUGCAUGCCUUUUGCGUUGGGUAAUCUCUUUCUCUCCUUUUGCUUCUCUGUUUAUGAUAUCUCAUGAUCUUGCAAGUUAAGCACGCGAGCCAUAGACCUGUUCGAUGUCUCAAACUCCCGAUGGAUAAUACAGCACGCAGGGAGUCUGUAAUUUUUUGGGUUUUGGGUUGGAGAAGAGAUCAACUGUAAACUAAGAAUCAAGGGAAAACCAAAGCUACGUGGCAGUAAUAAUAUAUACAUGCAUGCAUGCA